AAGAGUUUCUACGCUCUCUCUCAUACAUCGCUUUGGAAAACGACGCUGUUUACUACUGAGGAACCCGAUACUCGCUCACUCAAGGCUGCUAAACGACGCUUUUUGCAACAAAAUCUGGAGAUCCGCCAACGGUGCCGAAACUCCAAACUGCUUUCUAGCUGCCGUCGAUCGAUCUCUCUGGAUCCUAUACUCUGGAUGCCCAUAUCUAAGUCAGAGCGCAGUCGCUGUAUACGCUGGAGAUUAAGCUGGCUUCCUGCACCCAACGCAACAGCUAUCUAA